UUUGUCCUAUCUCAGCCACCGUAGCUAUAUCUGACUCUAUCCUUGAGUCAGUGAGAAGUAAAACAUUGGAGCAUGGCUGGUAGAGGAGGAAAACAGAGAAUUUCAAGCAGAAAAGGUGGUUGUGAGCAAGAUGAAGAAGAGCCUCAGCUGCAGGCCGUUUUGGUCGCUGAUAGUUUUAACCGAAAGUUUUUCCCGGUGACCAAAGACCAGCCACGGGCUUUGUUGCCUCUGGGUAAUGUUGCUAUGAUCGACUACGUUCUCGAAUUCCUAACUUCCACGGGGGUCCAGGAAACAUACGUGUUUUGCUGUUGGAUGGCAAGCAAGAUUAAGGAACACCUGCUGAAGUCUAAAUGGUGUCGAUCGACCUCUCCGAACACAGUCCACAUCCUCACAUCAGACCUGUACAGAUCCCUGGGAGAUGUCCUCAGGGAUGUUGAUGCAAAGUCGCUUGUUCGCUCAGACUUUUUGUUAGUCUAUGGAGAUGUGGUAUCCAAUAUUGACAUCAGCCAGGCACUGUUGGAGCACAGGCAUCGUCGGAAGAUUGACAAGAACAUCUCAGUGAUGACGAUGCUCUUUAAGGAAUCAUCGCCGGGUCACAAGUCUCGCUGUGAGGAAGAUGACGUGAUCGUUGCCAUGGACAGUAAGAGUCAGCGAGUUUUACACUACCACAAGACACAAAGCUUAAAGAAGCUUCAUUUUCCCAUGAAUAUAUUCCACAGUGGAAGUGAUGAGUUUGAAAUUAGACAUGACCUCCUCGACUGCCACAUCAGUAUCUGCUCACCACAGGUUGCGGAGCUCUUCACUGACAAUUUUGACUACCAAACAAGGAAUGACUUUGUCCGGGGUAUUUUGGUCAAUGAAGAGAUUCUGGGGAAUCAGAUACAUAUGCACGUCACCACAGACGGUUAUGGUGCCCGCGUGUCCAACUUGCUGAUGUACGAUUCGGUGUCAUCUGAUGUGGUGAGAAGGUGGGUCUACCCUCUCACCCCCGAGGCAAAUUUUACGGACCAGAAAGGAUGGAGCUGCACUUACUCGCGCCACAACGUCUACCGUGGGUCAGGGGUCACCCUUGGCCAGGGCAGCCAGAUGGAGGAGAACGUUCUCAUUGGCUGGGACACCAGCAUAGGGGCCAACUGUUAUAUCUCCAAUAGCGUCAUUGGUAACAACUGCACCAUCGGUGACAAUGUCGUUCUGGACCACGCCUACAUCUGGAACAAUGUUCAACUCGGCGCGAAUGUGGUCAUCAGUCAUUCUGUAGUCUGUGAGAAGGCUGAAGUCAAAGAAGGCGUCAAGCUUAAUAAACAGUGCGUCCUGGCCUACAAUGUGGUGAUUGGACCACACAUCUCUGUGCCAGAGGGCACAGUGGUGUCCAUGCAUUACCCAGCAGAAGAGGAGGAAGAUGACGACGAAUUCCUCAGCGAUGACGCCGCGGCGGGGCAGAGCAAGGACAAAGUCAAACAGAAAGCUUUUAACCCUGCCGAGGUCGGGGCGGAAGGAAAAGGCUACGUGUGGAAAGCCCGCGGUCUGGAUGACACGGAUGAUGAAGAGCUGUCACAUUGUCUCUGGGGUUUGACGUUAAAGCCCGAACUGGAGAGUGAGAGUGACGACAGUGAGCCUGAUGGUCCUGAUGAUCCAGUGAUUCCUUCCCCUGAGAUGGAUGAUGCUAAAGUGUUCCAGAAGGAGGUGCUGGGCACCCUGCAAAGAGGCUUGGACGAGAACAUCAGCUGCGACCACCUCGUGCUUGAGAUCAACUCACUCAAGUACGCCUACAACAUCACACUGCAGGAGGUGAUGCAGAUACUGACCGGGGUGCUGUUGGAUCUCCCAUUGCAGCAUCACAGCUCGCAGCUCACGGCAUCCCGAUACGUUGCCGUACUUCUGCCGUUACUGGAGAAAUGGGCACCGGUGUUUAAGAAUUAUGUGAAAAGAUCACAGGACCAACUGGACUGUCUAUCUGCUUUCGAAGAGCACUUCCUGGAGCAGGUCAGUCACUGGCCUGCCAUGUGCAAGAUUCUUAUGACCAUGUACCAACUGGAGAUCCUCGAGGAGGAGAUGAUCCUGCGCUGGUUUUCUCAAAGUGUCACGUCUGACGCGAGCAGGCAGCUCCGUAAGAACCAAGGGCUUCAGAAGUUCAUCCAGUGGCUGAGGGAAGCUGAGGAAUCGUCGGAGGAGGACGGAGAAUAAUUGUCUGACUCGCACUGACGCUUCCGUUGUUAUUAACGCUGUACAACUGACAUCCAUCAUCAUAAGUCGAUGUUGCGAAGGGAAUUAUCCAAAGGGAGGAGGCUCUCGGACGGCUUGAUAAAAGGUAGAAACAUCCAUUCGUUCCAGUAAGAGAAUUUCAGGUUUUGAAAAGUGUGUGGAUAAAUAAUGAAUUCCAACCGCCAAGCCAUUGAUUGACACCAUUUUAAUCUAAAAGCAACUACACGUCAGCAAAUUAGACAGUCGAAACAUCAUCUAAGAGGUAAACAUGGAUUUCAUUCUCGCCUCUUUAAAAUAAGACAAGCAAAAAUAAAAUUGGUCAAACAUUC